AUGAGAAAGUUUUACAAAUUUUCUAUCUUUGCAGCUUUGUUUCUCUUCUCAUUUGCAACUUCAUUUGAUAUUGCACUCUCCUUGUCUCCUAAACAUAAGAUUCCACCACACACAGCUCCAAAGCCAGCAUCAAACCAUAUUUUUCACUUAACUCCUAAGGAUGCCUCAGAAAUUCCUCAUUCAAUUAAACCCAAAUUUAAACCUAAAGUUGCUUCUAAUCCUGCACCAAAUAAACAUGUUUCUGCACAUUUGGCUCCUAAAAGCGCAAUUAAACAAAACCUUCUUCCAAAACCAACAUCAAAUCCUAGAGAAAAGAGCAAAUCUAAGUCAAGCUUGGCCCCUCAAUAUUCUCAUGUGUCUUCAAAGCCAAUUCCUCACUCAACUGCUAAAUUGACAAAAUUAUCUCACUCAUCUAAAUUUGCUCCUAGGCUUGCACCAAGAAAAUAUUUCCCAACACAUUUGGCUCCUAAAAGCUCAAUUAGACAAAAUCUUUCUCCAAAAAUAGAACCAAAGCCAAUUGAAAAGCACACAUCCAACUCAAUCUUGGCUCCUCAUUCUCAUGUGUUUUCUUCAAAGCCAAUUCCUCACUCAACCUCUAAGGUGACAAUAACAUCUCCUUCAAAAUCCAGAUUUGCUCCUAGGCCUGCUCCAAAUAGAUAUUUUCCAACACAUUUGACCCCCAAAAUCCCAAGUAAACAAAGCCUUCCUCCAAAACCAUCAUUUAAAUCUUCUUUGGCUCCUCAUUCUCAUGUGUCUUCAAAGCUAACACCACUCUCAACUCCUAAGAUAACUAAAACAACUUUUUCUAAAUCAAAAUUUGCACCUCAGCCUGCAUCAAUUAAACGUCUUUCGCCACAUUCGGCUCCUAGAAUCUUAAGUAAAUUUCCUUCAAUUUCAGUCACAACCCUUAUGCCUAAGGUAACAAAAACACUUCAUUCUAAAUCCAACAUUGCUCCUAACUCUGCACCAAAGAAACACAUUGCUCCAGAAAUCUCGACCAAACUAAACCGUAAUUUUAAAUUAGCACCGCAUUUGAAAGAAAAGAUUGACACUAAGUCGCGAUUGGCUCCUCAUUCUUCGGUGUCCUCAAGGUUGACUCGGAAAAUUUCGCCCAAGCCAGCACCAAGAAAGUAUAUUCAUCAAUAG